GAGGAACUAUCCCGCUGGCCUAGCUCCUCCCCUUUGUGUUGUGACUCCUCCCCUAGACGGAAAAUGUCCCUUAGCCCACUUGAUUCUAGCAUCUACCCUCUUUUUUGAUGGUAGAUUUUCACUUUAUGUCACGUGAUCCCGGGUAUCAUGUGAUCCGGUGACGUCAUUCAGCUGCAUCUACGAACCGGAGAAGCUGCACAAACGUGUGCAGUGAGCUCCUGCCUCCUUAUGCUGAGUGCGGGUCUGUUCCAGUGACAAGGCAGCAUCAGAUAACCAAAACAAAUUAGUACAAUACAAAGAAAACUCCAAAUAUUUUUGUUUAGGAGUGCAGUUAUAAAGCGGAGAUGUUUGCUCAGUUGCCUGUUCCAAGCACAGAUAAAGUAAAUGCGUCUAUGAGAAGCUUACUGCAAUUUUUACAAACAACUGCAGGGAUCUCUGGGGCUCAUACUGUGGAUUUUUAUACACAAGAUGUGUGGAAGAAUCAAGUGGCCGUAUCUCCUGAAUCUGUGCUGUCAAUUUUUAGUCAGCAGCAAAAUCCUUAUCAUGGAUGCAAGGAUAAAACUCGGAACAAGCAGAUGGGGUUAUUUGCUUCUGUGGCAGAUUCCGCAGAAUCUCCUGACAUAUCAAGAAUAUUUUCUACUACAACCAAGCAACUGGUGGAUCUAGAAUCCUUUGUGGAUGCUGCUCAGUACCAUUCCUUAAUGUUUUUGGGAUUAUGUACUCACGUUGCAGAACUGUUUGAAGCUUUUGCUACUAGGAGAGCUGAGAAGCCUGAUAAAGAUAUAAAGACUGACCAGUUUAUGAAUGAUAAGAAAUCACAUGAAGUUGUCAUUAUGUCACAGCUUGUAGAAGGCAUUGCAAGUGUUUGUAAAGUCAAACAGGUCAUAGACUUGGGCGCUGGAAAGGGUUAUUUAAGCUCUUAUUUAUCCAUGCGAUAUGACCUAAACGUUUAUGGUAUUGACUCUUCUCGCAGCAAUACAGAUGGAGCCAACAAGAGAAACCGGAAAUUGAAAAAAUAUUGGCAAGUCUAUAAAACUGAUGCCAGAACCACUUCAAAGGCAAUGAAAUCUGACCAUAAGAAAGAAAUGUUAUUGCCAGAGAACGCUUGUCAGGAUGUUAAUGCUGAUGGAGACAUUUCAAAACAGAGAAUGAGUGAUUUAAGGUUUAAAAGAUCCAUUACAGAUUCACAUGUUGAUGACGACAUUAGCUUGUUCUCAGACUCCUCUAAGUUGACAAAUAGUAUGGAAAGCAACCAGGCUACUCAUCCAACACAAAAUACAGACACAGUUGAGUCUUCUGACAGCAUUUGCUCCUUUUUGGAUAUUUUGCCGGUUGGUGCUGUUGAACUGACCUCCACGUCAGAAGGUGUUUCGAAAGUUCUCAGCGAACAAGAAAAAGAACAAAAGAAAAUGGAGAACAUCAAGGGCAAAACGUUGAAGGAAUCUCAUGUUUAUUCACCUCUCACUUCCUAUGUCACCGCUGACACACAGCUUCACAACAUCAUCACUGAUCUAGAGGAAUCCAUCAUGGUUGGUUUACAUACUUGUGGGGACCUUGCCCCAAACACUCUGCGGAUUUUUGUUUCAAAACCAGAAAUUAAAGCCGUUUGCAGUGUUGGUUGCUGUUACCAUUUUCUCUCGGAACAAUUUGACAAUGUAGAAGAAGAAAACGCAGAGGGAUCAUGGGGAUUUCCAAUGAGCCAGUAUUUAAAGGAGAGGUCCUGGCACAUUGGACGGAAUGCCAGGAUGUCAGCUUGUUUGGCUUUAGAGCGCGCAGCGGUCGGCCAAGGGCUUCCAACGGAGUCCUUGUUCUAUCGAGCAGUGCUUCAGGUUAUCUGCAAAGAAGUCUAUGGCAUCACACAAAGGUCCUAUUCGAUAGUUCCACAGAGCAAGAAUGUCCAAAAAAUUGACCAACGUGUCGGCAAAAUAUUCUCUAAGUCAUCAGGCUUCACAGACUAUGUCAGAAAGUCUCUUAAAAAAUUUGGGCAAGAUGAUUCAAAGCUUUCAGACCGAGAAAUAAUGAGAUAUUAUGAAAAAUAUGAGCCCAGGCGAAAUGAGUUGGAGGCAUUUAACAGGCUUAAAGUGUUUCUGGCUCCUUGUAUCGAGGCCUUGAUUCUUCUGGACCGCCUUUGCUAUCUGAGAGAACAGGAAAACUUGGCGUGGUCUGGACUGGUGAAGUUGUUUGACCCCGUGAAAUCACCUCGUUGCUAUGCAGUGGUUUCUCUGAAACAACCCUAAUGUUUUAAUAUUUUAUUUAUAAACUGUGCAGGUUAAACCUACAAUAUAUAAAAAAAAAAAAAAAAGCUUUACUCAAUAUUUAUAAAGGUUUCUGCAGCUUCACUGAUGUGACACUGGGCUUGAUGCAAGCGUGGCUGCAAUGCUGUUGUUUCAGCCUUCUUUUUUCCACUGUGCACGCUCCAACUUUGAUUACAAGCGGUGGUCACAGUGAACAUUUGGACGCAACUUAAUUGAUGGUCAGUGAGUGUUUGUGGGAGGGCUGGCGAGUCAAACGCAGCCGUUUCAUGGGCGUUUGGUGGGGGGUGUCUCAGCCUGCGUCUGUGUAUGCAGUUAUAUUGGCACUGGUGGCUUACUGCUGAUGGCCAUUCUGAGCAACUAUAGGUACAACUAAUGCGUCUUUGUUCGCAAACGGUGGAUUAGAGACGCCGCCAAUGGACAUCUCUGUACAGAUCCCCUCGGCUGCAGCAUUAGGACAUCUUUGUAGUACUGCUGUGUGCAGAUCCCAGUUGCAACGGAUUUGCCUACACCUCUGAUUCAGGCCCUGUGAUUACCUCUGGUGUUUCUAGAUCUGACGUUGAGUCAAUUAUUUUCCCCCCUGAUUUUGUAACUGUUUAGAAAUUGAGUAAUUGCCAAGUAUGUUCUUACCAUUGUGUAUGGAAGCUCCUCACUUUGAAUGUUUGAAUUAUGCAAAAUCUUACUGGAUGUACUGGAUUAUAUAGAAAUUAUUUUAAAUUAAAUCAAUAUAACCAUAAAAACUCAGACAAUACAUUUUGGUAUAUAUUUUUGAGACUGCUAUGUGAAUUCUCACCCAUAAACUGAUCUAUAUUUGGACUAAUGACAACCAGUAUAAAUUAUAAUCCUGCACGAGGAUGAAAUGUCCAAGCCAUUUCCCAAAUCGUACUCAGAAUGUUACAUUUUGGAUCAUUUUUGCUUUUAUGAAGGUUCUGUGUGUUCUGUUUUAUAUUGAUAAAUUCUUGUUUGAAUAACC